UCUUAUUAAGGAGCAGAGGGGAAGAGGAGAGCAGGAGGACACCUCAGCCCCGCUUGACCGGGAUUACUUCUUCUUGAGCAGGAUUGGUGUGGACAAAAGCAAAGCAGAAGCAGAAGGUGCACUCACACUUCAGUCCAGCUCUCUCUACCUCGUGGCCAGGCUUCUUUUUUUUUAUUUUUUUUUUUCCUCUGACUGCAUUGGGAACUACAGUACUUGCCGUGCAGUAGCCAUGAGGCUGGCCGGCAGAGCCACAGGGACGCUGGGGGUCUUGAGAGGGGGUCUGCUUCCUUCUCUCUGGAGGUUUAUGCUGCUCUUUCUCUCCAUCUGGGAACUGGACGCACAAACCGCAGUGGAAACUAAACCCCUGUACAUCUGGCAAACAGGUCCAUGGGGUCGAUGUAUGGGCACUGAAUGUGGUCCAGGUGGCAGUCAGAGUAGGGCAGUAUGGUGCGCUCACUCUGAAGGCUGGACCACCCUACAUACUAACUGUGACCAGGCAGAACGGCCAGACAACCAGCAGAGAUGCUUCAGAGUGUGUGACUGGCACAAAGAUCUAUACGACUGGCAGCUAGGCGCGUGGAACCAGUGUCUUCCAGUGUCAAUGCGCAGCGCCGGGGUGCAGCGUCCUGCUGUGUGCACCCGAGGGGAGGAGGGCAUCCAGACGCGGGAGGUUGGCUGUGUCCAGAAAGCAAAUGGUGAACCUGCAGAGGACGCAAUCUGCGAGUACUUUGAGCCUAAACCGCGCCUAGAGCAGGCCUGUCUUAUCCCUUGUCCUCGGGACUGUGUAGUGUCUGAAUUUAGCCCAUGGACUCCCUGUUCUAAAACAUGUGGGAUUGGUCUCCAGAACCGGAUCCGCUUUGUUCUGGCUCCACCGUUGUUUGGUGGAUCAGCUUGCCCAAACCUCACCGAAUUUCAGACAUGCCAGCCAGGGUUCUGUGAUGGCGAGGAGAGCCUCUACAGCCUCAGGGUGGGACCCUGGGGGCCAUGCUCUGUCCCCCUGCCUAGGCAAGCCAGACAAGCUGGGAAACCACCGAGAGAAGGUGACAAACCAUCCAAAGGAGGUGAUAAACCUCCCAAAGAGGGUGACAAACUGUCCAGAGAGGGUGACAAACUGUCCAGAGAGGUUGAGAAAUUGCUCAAAGACGAUGAUAAAUCCUCUAGAGGGGGUGACAAGCAAUCCAGAGACAGUGACAAACAACCUGCAGAGGCUGACAAACAGGACAAAGAGGGAGAGAAACGGUCCAAAGAUGGGGACAAAUUGACCAGAGGCAGUAAGGCAUCCAGAGCCAACAGAAAACUGGGCAAGCCAAACAGGAAACCAGAUAGGCCGUCCAGACAGGCUGACAAGCCCAAACGACAGAAAAAGGCUAAAAACAAGGAGAAACGAGAAAAAAAAUUGAGAGAGAGGGCACAGGAGAGGUUAAAGGAGAGGGGUAAGGUGAAGGACCCAGAGACCAGAGAACUCAUCAAGAAAAAGAGAAACAGGAACCGCCAGAACCGCCCGGGAGGAAAGUCCUGGGACCUACAGGUUGGCUACCAGACCAGAGAAGUGACCUGUGUACAUAAAAGUGGGAAUGUCGAAGCUCUAGGCCUGUGCUCGCAAGAGUCUUUGCUGGUGACCUACCAGGCCUGUGUCAUGUCCAAGGACUGCGACGUGACAGAGUGGUCUGAAUGGUCAGCUUGUUCCAAGGAGUGCUACGACCCCAACGGACCCAAGGGCGAACGCACCCGCACCCGAAAAGUGAGCCAGUUCCCGAUUGGCCAAGGAGCAGAGUGUCCAGAGCUGGAGGAGAAAGAGCCCUGCAGCCCCCAAGGAGACGCAGUGCCACCUUGCAUUGUUUACAGCUGGAAGACCACCGAGUGGACAGAGUGCAGGGUGGAUGUGCUGCUGAGCCAACAGGACCGUCGGCGUGGAAACCAAACAGGCCUAUGUGGAGGCGGGAUUCAGACCCGUGAGGUCUAUUGUGUCCAGACCAGCACUGAUACACCACCCAACCUCAGCUCUCUGCGGAGCAAAGAAGCACUGCGACCAGUGGACAGUGAUCUGUGCCUAGGUAUCCCACCGAACACUACGCAGUUUUGCCAUAUUAGCUGUCCAGUUGAGUGUGAGGUGUCACAGUGGAGUGCCUGGGGGCCUUGCACCUAUGAAAACUGUCAGGACCAGGUAGCAAAGAAAGGGUUCAAACUGAGGAAGAGGAAGAUCGUCAAUGAGCCGACAGGCGGGAUGGGGAACUGCCCCCACCUGGUGGAGGCAAUACCGUGUGAGGACCCCAGCUGCUACGACUGGCUGGUGGUUAAACUGGAAGAGUGCAUCCCCGAUAAUGAGAGGGAGUGCGGACCUGGAACCCAGAUCCCUCAAGUGCAGUGCGUCAACAGCGAUGGUGAAUAUGUGGAAAGGCAGCUCUGCCGUGAUGCCAUCCUGCCCAUGCCGGUCAUAUGUGAGGUGCCUUGCCCGAAGGACUGUGCCCUGAGUCCCUGGACCCCAUGGUCUCUCUGCUCCCACACUUGUUCUGGGAAAAACACAGAGGGCAAGCAGACCAGAGCUCGCUCCAUCCUGGCCUAUAAUGCAGGAGAAGGUGGGAUACAGUGCCCGAACAUCAGCACCCUACAGGAGGUGAGGAACUGCAACGACCAUCCGUGCACCGUGUACCAUUGGCAGACUGGUCCAUGGGGGCAGUGCAUAGAGGACUCCUCCAUCCCAGCCACCAACACAUCUGUGGGCCGAGCACGUGGCGGCGACGAUGCCUCCUGCUCAGUUGGGAUGCAAACCCGCAAAGUCAUCUGUGUCCGGGUCAAUGUGGGCCAAGUUCCUCCCAAAAAGUGUCCGGAGAGUCUGCGCCCAGACACAGUAAGGCCCUGCCUACUGCCAUGCAAAAGGGACUGCAUUGUCACCCCAUACAGCGACUGGAGUCCGUGCCCAUCAGCAUGUCAAGCAGGUCGUAAUAUAAAGAAGAAACAGUCCAGGAAACGUUUAAUUAUCCAGUUACCAGCCAAUGGGGGGCAGGAGUGCCCUGAGGUGCUGACCCAGGAAAGAGAAUGUGACGCCCCAUCUGUCUGUCAAGGAUACAGAUGGAAAACCCACAAGUGGCGGCGAUGCCAGCUGGUUCCAUGGUCUGUUCGUCAGGACAGUCCUGGUGCUCAGGAGACCUGUGGGCCGGGUCUGCAGGUUCGAGCUGUUUCCUGUCGAAAGCAGGAUGGUGGGCAGGCAGACGUUGAAGCUUGUCUUAAGUUUGCCAGCUCCAUGCCGCCUCUCACCCAGCUCUGCCAGCUGCCCUGCCAGGAAGACUGUCAACUCAGCAGCUGGUCCAAGUUCUCCUCCUGCACAGCCGACUGUGUGGGCGUCAGAACCCGCAAGAGGAUGCUCGUGGGGAAGAGCAAAAAACGUGACCAGUGUAAAAACCACCAGAUGUAUCCCCUGAGUGAAACCCAGUACUGCCCAUGUAACAAAUACAACGCCCAGCCUGUGGGCAACUGGUCAGACUGCAUCCUACCAGAAGGCGGCCGCAUGGAGGGCCAGCUGGGCAUGAAAGUCCAGGGGGACAUCAAAGAAUGUGGCCAAGGAUACCGCUACCAGGCCAUGGUGUGCUACGACCAGGACAACCGCAUAGUGGAGACGUCUCGCUGCAACAGCCAUGGUUACAUCGAGGAGGCCUGCAUCAUUCCCUGCCCCUCCGACUGCAAGCUGAGCGAGUGGUCCAACUGGUCACGCUGCAGCAAGUCCUGCGGCAGCGGGGUCAAAGUUCGCUCCAAGUGGCUCAGGGAGAAGCCCUAUAACGGCGGGAGACCAUGUCCUAAGCUAGACCAUGUGAAUCAGGCUCAGGUGUAUGAGGUGGUGCCGUGCCUCAGUGACUGUGGACAGUACGUUUGGGUGGCAGAGCCCUGGAGUGUAUGGAAGGUCAGCAAUGUGGACCUCAAGGACAACUGUGGAGAAGGCGUUCAGACCAGGAAAGUUCGGUGUAUGCUGAACACCAUAGAUGGUCCGUCAGAGCAGGUGGAGGACUACCUGUGUGACCCGGAGGAGAUGCCUUUGGGGGCCCGCAAUAGCCGGCUGCCCUGCCCCGAGGACUGCGUGUUGUCAGACUGGGCAGCCUGGAGCCCAUGUCCACUGCCUUGUAAUGGGAACAAAACUCGGGAGAGGAGUGCUUAUCCGAUCCGCCAGCCCGGAGAAGAGAAGGAGUGUCCUCCGACUACAGAAACAGAGCCCUGCAAACUGAACAGCAACUGUUUCCACUACUCUUAUAACAUCACAGACUGGAGCACCUGUCAGCUGAGUGACAGAGCGGUUUGUGGAAACGGCAUCAAAACCCGCAUGCUGGACUGUGUGCGUAGUGAUGGCAAAUCUGUGGAUCUCAAGUUCUGCAAAGAGUUGGGCCUGGAGAGGAAAUGGCCGAUGAAUGCGUCCUGUGUUGUGGAGUGUCCUGUUAACUGUCAGCUGUCUGACUGGGCCCCGUGGUCUGAGUGCACCCACACCUGUGGUCUGGCAGGCAAGCUGUGGAGGAGGCGCACAGUGAUCCAGGCUCCCCAGGGUGAUGGGAGGCCGUGUCCCUCCCAGAUGGAGCAGUGGAAGCCCUGCCUAGUGAAGCCAUGCUACAGCUGGAGAUACAGCGCCUGGUCUGAGUGCAAGUCAGAGGGGGCAAGGUGUGGGGAAGGCCUGCGCUUCAGGAAUGUAUCGUGCUUUGUGUCGGAUGGCUCGGGUCAGCAGGACAGCAGCCUGGUGGACGAGGAGCUGUGUGGAGAUGUGGAGCCUUCAGUGGACGGAGAUACAAACAUUGUUCUGCAGGAGUCCUGUACUGUACCCUGUCCAGGGGAGUGCUACCUGACAGACUGGACAGUGUGGAGUCCGUGCCAGCUCAGCUGUGUGAGUGGAGAUGACCUGGGGUUUGGGUCCGUUCAGGUCCGGUCCAGAGCUGUGGUGGCCCAGGACCCAGAGAAUCUUCUGCAGUGUCCAGAACAGGAGCUGGAGGCUCGACCAUGUACAGAGGGCCAGUGUUUUGAAUAUAAGUGGAGGACUGGACCCUGGAGAGGCUCAUCUCGUCAAGUGUGGUGUCAGCGCUCAGAUGGACUAAAUGUCACAGGUGGAUGCCCCAUGACCGCCAAGCCGAUGGCAGACCGAUCCUGUGACCCGCCCUGCACCAAACCACGUUCCCUGUGCACAGAGGCGGGGGUGUGUGGGUGUGAGGAGGGCUACACCGAGGUCAUGACGUCUGACGGUCUGCUGGACCAGUGUACCGUCAUCCCGGUGCUGGAGAUCCCCACCGCAGGGGACAAUAAGGCUGAUGUGAAGACUAUCCGGGCCUUCAACCCGACCCAGCCUGCAGCCAGUACACCUGGCCGUGCAGGACGCACCUGGUUCCUGCAACCCUUCGGUCCAGAUGGGAAACUGAAGACCUGGGUGUACGGAGUAGCAGCAGGAGCCUUUGUUCUGCUCGUCUUCAUAAUCUCCAUGACAUACUUAGCAUGCAAAAAGCCAAAGAAACCCCAGCGGCGGCAGAUGAACAACAGACUGAAGCCGCUGACUCUGGCCUACGACGGUGACGCCGACAUGUAGACGUCUUCCUGCUCGACGCGCUGACCCACAGACAUUAGUCCUACCGCAGGACACGGGGGGUUGCUAUGGAAACCCCUCGACGUCGGGGCUGCCAGUGGGCUUUUAUUAAUCGACACCCUGGGAAUACGAUUCUGACAGAAACCUCAAAGAUCAAAAACACUGACUCCACGUCCAUCAGCAGCCUUGAUGUUCCCGUCUUUUUAUUUUUUAUUUUAUUUUUUUUUAUUUAUUUACUUUUUGGUACUUUGUCUCACAGGAGCCUUUUGUGAAUUCUUUAUCUUCUUCUGGAAGUCUGCCUUUGCUUCUCUGCCAUCCACCACUGCCGCUAAAAUCCAAACCAGGAGAGGGUCUUUCCAAGAUUUUACUCUGAAAGCACAAAUCUCCAUUCUUGUUCUUUUUUUUGUUUUGUUUUUUUUCAUCACAACUGAAUGGGAUCAUCUCUGUAGGACACUUGUCAUUCUUUGUCCCACUAACACCAGUCGAACCCUCAUGUGUUUUCAAGGCCUGGGUGCAUUUGACAAGAAAACAGAAAGCUAAAGAAUAAAAGCAUACGACUCCCAGAGCCUACAUCACUUCUGCCUGCCUCCCUUCUCCAUUUUUCAGGCAUAAUUUUGCACUAUAUUAGUGCAGCAUGAUAUGUACUUAACGUCUAGCUUCGCCAUAGGAAACUGCCUCUCUCAAUACAAGAUGGUGUACAGUCUUGUGCUAGAAAUGUAAAAAAGUAGACUUUUUUGCAAACAGAACUCACCAAUGUUUCUUAAUAUUUUUCUUCUAUUACCUCUUGUAUGUGAUACGAUGGGACUCGAUGUAAAUAGGAAUUUUUCUGUGGUCUCAACUUUACCUUUUUAUUGUGUACAGCUGCGCGUCCCACACUCUGCCUGACAAUGUUUUGACUGUGGCUUAAACAUGAUUUCUACUUUUUGUAAAUGAUCGGUGUCUGUCGCUGUCACUGAUUCAGAUCCAUAUACUGAAAACCCCCAUUAGCUGUGGAGCAGGAAAAGAGAAACCGACGGCAUAAAAUCCCACGAUUCCAAUCGGGAUUCUGAGCAAAAAUGUUUCCGAAAGUGUAUCUGAACAUAGCAGAAGACUAGAUCUGAGACUGAAGAGGAUCCACAGUAGUUUCACACUGUUUCCAUCUGUGUAAAACCAGCCCAAAUAUUCAAAUCCCUGUUGUUUUUUUUUUUUUUUUUUUUUUUUUUUUUCCAUUCCCUUAGAAGGAGUUAUUCAGUUUCUGGAGUUCCUUCAAAAGCACCUCUUUUUGUUUUGUCCAUUUUAUAACACGUGGCAUCCAGCGGUAAUGUGCAUUAGUGCUGCAACAACGAACCGAUGCUUAAAAGAGCUAGCCACGAAUUCGGCAGUCGAUUCAUUGGGUCUUGAGCAUGUUAGUGUUGAGGCAUGCCCUCACACU